AUGCUUCUCGUUCGGUCAGGAUGCACCGUCCGCUCCAUCGGACUCUUGCAUUCAGCAAAGACCAUCGCACCCUCUUCAGCCUCACUCCUCCACCGCGCACACUACGGUCAACUCCCCGUCGUCGGAUCACCCGCCGCUGUCCCACCACCAGAACAGCAACAGACGCCAACCCCUUCUCCACACCACACUGACAGUCAUUUGUCUAUCUAUGAAGGACCCUUUUCCCAGACCGCCAAGCGUCUGAAGCUGUUCUCGGUCUCGUCCUUGGGUGCCACCAUUGCCUUGUGUCCAUUCAUCUUUCUUCUCGACGCUGGAAUCUCGAACGGCAUGCGUGGAGGUCUUGCUGUCGCAGCGGUGGCGACGAGUGGGUCGUCAACAGCUUUGGUGCAAUGGUGCCUGGGCUCCUACGUCCGAAAGAUUACCCUCCCAAACCCUACAGGAUCGGCUACCCAGGACCCCGCCUCUACGACAGUCACCCGCUCAACGCCCGUCUCCUUCGAGACACUCUCUUUCUGGGGCGGCAAGCGGAUCACCACCGUCAAGGUUUCUGACCUCGAACCUAGCUCGGCUCCCUUCUCGACCAUCAGGAUCCGUGCCGGUCAGGCUUCGACCGUCAGAGAUGGGCGUGGCAGGAUUCUUUCGGAGGGCAACCAGCUGAAGAAGCGGUUCUAUCUCCACUCUGAGUUGGCAGAGGAUGAGCCCCUCAGGACCAUCAUGGCAGAGAUCCAACAGAACCAGCAUUUGACAACAGGAGCAGGAGUUGGUCCUCGAUCUGCCGUUAACAGGACCGCAGCCGGAUCGACGAGUGCUCAUGAUGCUGCUUCAUCUAAACAGGAUGCUGGAGCAACCGAGAACACUGUCAAGGCGCCUGUCACGGAGGGUAUGUCGGAUCGUAUUGAGCAGUUGAAGAGGAAGGCAUCUGAGAGCAAACAGCAACAGCAGCAACAAUCAUAG